AUGUGAACAUUGCAGCUUAACGAAACCUUCAACGAGAAAACCAUGGACGCGCAAGUUCCUCUGCCCCUGAUGCUUCUACGGCUCGUCUUCCUCCUCUGCUUCUUCUCCACUCUGCCACGCUACUGCCGCCGUCUCUUCUCCGUCGAGGCUGCUGCUCCGACGCUGGUCUCCAGCCUCCCGGGCUUCGACGGCGCCCUCCCUUUCCGCCUAGAGACCGGGUAUGUCGCCGUGGACGAGGAGAACGGCUCGGAGCUGUUCUACUACUUCAUCGAGUCGGAGGGCAACCCGCGGCGCGACCCGGUGAUCCUUUGGCUCACCGGCGGCGACCGCUGCACCGUGCUCAGCGGUUUGUUUUUCGAGAUAGGCCCGUUGAAAUUCGUCGUCGAGCCCUUCAAUGGAGGCAUACCACGGCUGCGGUACCAUCCCUACUCCUGGACAAAGGCGGCGAGUGUCCUGUUCGUCGAUUCGCCGGUCGGUGCCGGGUUCUCCUUCUCCAAGAAACCAGAAGGCUAUGAUGUUGGAGAUGUGUCUGCUUCUCUGCAGCUCAGAAAGUUCAUCACCAAGUGGUUCUCUGAGCAUCAAGAUUUCCUCGUGAAUCCUUUCUACGUCGGUGGAGACUCCUACGGUGGAAAGAUCGCUCCAUUCCUCAUGCAGAAGAUCUCAGAAGAUAUUGAAGCUGAACUGAGGCCGACUAUUAAUCUUAAGGGCUACCUUGUGGGUAACCCGGGUACAGGUGAACGCAUUGAUACUGAAUCUAGAGUGCCUUUUCUUCAUGGAAUGGGAAUAAUUUCAGAUCAACUGUACGAGGCGAUUAUGGAGCACUGCGAAGGGGAAGACUUUGCCAACCCCAAGAAGGCACUCUGUGCACAAUCUUUGGACAAGUUCAACAGACUGUUUCAAGAAAUUCAGGAGGGACAUAUUCUGUAUAAGAAGUGCAUCUUUAUUUCGCCCAGACCAAACGAUUGGACAACAGAGAGAAAGAUACUGAAGGAGGAACCUGCUGGAGUAUUGAAACAUCAACCUCCUCGUCCCCCUCUGGAUUGCCUAGACUAUUGCAACUACCUGCUAUAUUUUUGGGCUAACAGCAACAUCACUCAGGCAACCCUUGGGAUCAAGAAGGGGAGCGUGGAGGAAUGGGUGAGGUGCCAUGAUGGCGAUUUACCUUAUUCAAGAGACAUCAAGAGUACCAUAAAAUACCAUCGCAAUAUUACAUCAAAAGGUUAUCGUGCCUUGGUAUAUAGUGGAGACCAUGAUGCUAUGGUACCCUUUGUGGGCACUCAGUCUUGGGUCAGAUCGCUCAACUUCCCCGUUGUGGAUGAAUGGAGGGCUUGGUAUCUCGAUGGACAGUCCGCAGGAUUCACCAUAACGUAUGCAAAUAACAUGACAUUUGCUACUGUAAAGGGCGGUGGACACACGGCGCCGGAGUAUCAACCAGAGAGAUGCCUUGCUAUGCUCAGGCGUUGGAUAUCCGAUGAACCCCUCUGACUAAUGUGUUGGUAGGUCGCCACACACAUGAAGUUGGAUACAGAAAACGUGUGUCUAUUCUAUUCCACAGGCAUGCCACUGAAGAAAACACAGAUUUCAGAAACUUGUGUUUGGUCUAUUUGAUUUUGAUCGUAAGACCACAUGUUCCCGUCAGUAGGUCUGAAAUUGUGAGUAUAUUUGCUGGUUGUUUCAGUCACUUCUCUUCUGUCUGUUA